AUGUCAACCGACAAUGAUUUCUUCGUGGGCGUGGUCGACGCCACGGCCAUAGAGGGCGCAAAUGACGACCGCCGAGUGUCCGGCCUCUCAACCUCAACCGACCUGGAGUCGCCGCAGAGCAUCGUCGGGACCGGUGCGACUGCCGGCGUCACUACGGUGCUACCUGCCGACUUAGACUGGUCUGAAUCGUUUUUGUUCGGAGCGGAUAUAGGUAGCCAGGAUGCCAUCUCUCCGCAGUUCCCUUCGGCGAUACCCGGCUUUGAGUCCCAAGACACGAGCCUCACAUUUCCGCAUCCGGCUGGGGACUAUGACAGUGCCGCCUUUUCUCUCUCCCUCCCUAUGCAAGAGCCAGCUCCUGGAAUAGAGCCGGCAUCGUAUCAAGAAGCUAUGGAGGAGUUCUUUGCCAAGAACGGAGCUUGGCGCCCCCCGGAGCCCUGCAAUCAUUGCAAGCGUCUGCGUUUACAAUGUUUUAUGCUCCAAACUACAGAUGCCAACCCCAACCCCGUCAAUUCUUGUUCUAGUUGCGUUGCCCUUUUUAGAAAUUGCAGUCUAGCUGAGCGGUCGAAGCGCGGCCACUCCCAGUUCGAGACUUCAUGUCCGGUGAUUGGGCACUUGCACGGAGUCAGUGAGGAAGAAAACCAGUUGGUCUGGCAUCAGGUUUCCCAACCGGCUGCUGGUCCGACGUCUGGGCCGUCUGGGCCGCCUCCUAAUGCAGGUGCUAGGCUCUCAGUGACCAGCAAGAGGUCUAGCUCUCGUUCUGUUCGGAAAACACAGAUCCUACGAGAUUGGUUCGCGGUCAAUAUUCAACACCCGUAUCCAACGGAUGACGAAAAAAUGACGCUGGCCGAGCAAUCAGGUCUAAGCAGGACCCAAGUUAUCAACUGGUUCACCAACGCCAGACGACGCCAUCGCUUGUCUACGCAACCGAUGGUCAACAACGCGACUUUUCGUGCUGGAUCGCCUAUGCCACGCUCUUUAAUUUCGAGUAUGACGCCAUUUGAAAGAUGGAGACACUCACCCCCAGACAGUGAACCAGUCUCAGAAGCAGCUAUUCAGAAGGCAAUCGGUUCCAACUCAAGCAUUCACCAUGGGGUAGGGGCACCAGGCGAUGCCGAUGAUUUAGGGUCUUCAGCAAGUACAGAUUCAAUGUUGUACUCUCGGUCGGCGCUGCAUUACUCUUCGGAUGGGUCCUUAUCCAACUACUCGCGUGCAUCUGCUAACAGUGACGCCGUUCUGUCCGGAAGGAGUUCGGAAGACCCUGCCCAUCCUGCAUGGGUGAAGUCAGCAUCGGCAAGGUCGAAAAGGUCAAAGGCUCGUACUUUUACAUGCAGUUACUGCUCGCGCAACUUCAACAAAAAAUAUGAUUGGCUUAGACAUGAGCGAUCCGUACAUGCCCCUGGCGACACGUCGUGGGUUUGUGCCAUUCCAUUACCGCCCGAGCAGCCUUACAUCGUCUGGCGACUAGGUCAGACACAGGCAGAGUGUAUCUUUUGCGGACAAUCAUCCCCGACAGAAGAGCACUUUCAGUCGCACGAGUUUGAAUCAUGUGCCAAGCGUGCGGUUCAGGAUAGGAGCUUUACCAGGAAGGAUCAUAUGUGGCAGCAUCUGUACAAGUUCCACGGGUGUCGGAAGUGGGAAGGUUGGAAACCGGACGUGAAUCUGCUAAGGUACAAAGCUGAGGGAACAUGA